GGUAGUCCGGGACCAGUGCCGGCGCGGUGAGCGCGCGCCGCCGCCGAACGGUGAGCGCCGAGUGUGAGAGCGCGGUGAGCGGCGGACGCGCCGGUCCACAGUCGCUGCUUCUGAAACCAUCGGAGAGGGCCUGGGGCUCCCAGCCUUGAGAGUCGUCCGUCGAUGUGAGGUCGGCCAGCCAGUCAGUCCCGUCCCUGCAUCAUGGCCACCGCCGCCAACGACUCGCUCUCCGCACCGGCGCUGGAGCCGCCUCUGGAGGACGUGGCCUCGCUGAGUCUGGGCGCCCAGGUGUUCAUCGGCACCUUCCUCUCGGCCAUCAUCAUCCUGGCCGUGUCGGGCAACAUCCUCGUCUGUGUGGCGGUGCUGACCGACCGCAACCUGCGCAAAAUCGGCAACCUCUACAUCGUGUCGCUCAGCUUCGCCGACAUGACGCUGGCCUGCCUGGUGAUGACGUUCGCGCUCACCAACGACCUGCUGGAGUACUGGCCGUUCGGGCCGCAGUACUGCGACACCUGGAUUGCGUUCGACGUCAUGUGCAGCACGGCCAGCAUCCUGAACCUGUGCGCCAUCUCGCUGGACCGCUACAUCCACAUCAAGGACCCGCUGCGCUACGGCCGGUGGAUGACCAAACGUGUGGUCACGCUGAGUAUCGUGGGCAUCUGGCUGAUGGCGGCUCUGGUCUCGUUCCUGCCCAUCUCCCUGGACCUGCACCGGCCGCCGGGGCGCAGCGCCGAGCCGGUGGACGAGCGCGGCCUGCCGCAGUGCGCGCUGGACCUGACGCCGCUGUACGCGGUCGUCAGCAGCUGUAUCAGCUUCUACAUGCCGUGUAUGGUGAUGUUGGCCAUCUACAGCCAGCUGUACCUGUACGCCAAGCGACACGUAGAGAGCAUCAAGGCGCUCACCAAGCCGGUGAUGUUCGGCACGAUAGACGGCGUGGCGCCGCCGCCGGCCUGUAACCGGUGCCACGUCUCCGAGAGCAAGGCGGCCACCACGGUCGGCUUCAUCGUGGGCGUGUUCCUCGUCUGCUACGUGCCCUUCUUCUGCGUCAACAUCCUGGCCGCCUUCUGCAAGACGUGCGUACCGCGACUCGUCUUCCAGACGCUGACCUGGUUCGGCUACAGCAACAGCAGCUUCAACCCCAUCAUCUACUCCAUCUUCAACGUCGAGUUCCGCGAGGCGUUCGCGCGCAUCCUGGCCAAGGUGCGCCGUUCGUGCGUGCGGUUCUGCCAGGCGCGGCUGCGACCUAGCCGCGCCUGCGGCAGCAAGUCCUUCUCCUCGGACACGCGUCUGUCGCCGGUGCCGGGCGCGGACGUCGACGGCCGCCGCUCGCCGUACGUGGAGCGGGUGACGGCCAUCUGACCACCGCUGCUGCCGGCGGCCCGCUCCGCCGACGGGCCGGCACCGUCCGCGCCCUGCUCCGCGCCCCCUCAGCCGCAGACCAGCUGCGCGCGGCGGACGGCAGAGGUGGCUGCGCUGCCGCCGCCGCCGCGACAGGAACUGAUGAUCUAGCGGGACCCGCAGUCGACCUGCCGAGUGCCGGCGGUCGUAUGGGAUCGGCGCCGUCUAUGGGCGCGAUCGGGACGUGCUUGGACUUGGUGGGACGUGGUAGGACGCGGUGGGACUAUAGGGACGUGCGCCGUAAUUUGUGAUCUCACUGUGCUAGACUGGGCACAAGAGACCGUAGCAGAUUGACGUGCCUGCUAUGGCGGCGGUACAUGAACAAACAGCGAGCAGCUGCGACCUCCGUGCUGCAGUGAACGCCUGGACCGUCCUGUGAUGCCCCCAGCCAAAUGGGUCGGUGUCUGUUGUGUAGAAAUUUCCAACAAGUGCAGUAUCAAGGAUCUGGAUCCAGAUUUUGGAUGACAUUGCGAUUCUUUAUGUACAAUCGGUGUUUUUGUUAUUUGUGGAUCGAAAAAGGAGAAGGAGAGAGCGAGAGACAGAGAGAGAGAGAGAGAGAGAGAGAGAGAGAGAGA